GAGAAGGUAUCUGAAAAUUGUGAAUACUUAUUCCUUCUACUGGCGAUUACCUCUUCACCUGCUGCUUAUAGCAUACUACGAUUAUUACACAAGCAGACGCGGUCAAAAUGGACGUUUUUGAUAAUGACCUACUCGACGUAAGUUUAGCCUGGAAAGACUCUUUGGAGACGAAUCCCUACAAAGUGGAUGCAUUAGAGUCGUUUCACAUAGACAUGGAAUUUAGUGGGGCGGACUUGGACUUCUCUACUAACAUACCAUUGAACAUGGAGGACCAUCUAAAUUCUCUGAGGGAGAAAGAACCUGAGCGGUACAGCUGUGACUUCAUCGAUUCUGGUAUCAAUACUCCUGAGCCACAGAGUCCAUUGAUGAAACAGGAAUAUAGACUCAACAAUGCCUGGCAUCUCGAUCAGAUUGACUCAGCCCUGAACUCCACUUCUGCGGCUAUGUUCAACCUAUCUGAGCCUACUAAUCAAGAUUCUGAUCUCGACAACCUGGAAGAUAUCGAGUCCGCGUUACAAGUCGGUCUUCUAAGUAGCGGGAGUGAUUGUAGCAUGAAUGACGGUAUGCUUGUUGAUGACUUCGUGAGCACUAUUAACUCUAGCAGGUUAAUACGUACUAACGGCAGUGUAGAUAACGGCAUGAUAUCUAUAGAUCCUAGUAUGCUCAAGCUUAACAGUUUGUAUGGCAACAUGGCGAGGUUGGAGUCUGAUGUCGACAUGGGGUCCAUGAACCCACUUGAUACUAUGGAAAAGCCCACCAUUAGUUUGUUUUCUGAUAGUUUUACAAGCUUAGAUUCCUUGAAAUACACAGCACCCGCUGCUGUACAAGCCAACAAUAUGAGCCAUCAAAACACAAUACCACCUCUCUCUAGUGGUAUCCCACCUCUAGUAUCACUUUCCCCGCUAUCAACAGUUAAAAACACAUAUACAUCACCUGCCACGGUGAAGCUUGAGAACGUUGCAGCUAAUACGAUUGUUCCACUCAAUCAGUCUCCUGUGAAAGCGCUACAAACGACAUCGGUGAAUCAAGGUUCACAACGGAAAGGAUUGGUGAAAACUUCGUCGACGAGUAGUGUUUCUUCCUUGGAUUCCGCUAAGAGACAUCAGCCCUAUCCUAAGAGGAAUUCAGAAAGAAAGAGGCAGUUGCACAACGAGCUGGAAAGGAAGCGAAGAGAGGAUCUCAAUUCUACUUUCAACCAUCUCGGUGAAGUUAUCCCUUCCCUUAAGGCUUCUGGUACUCCUACUCAGCUGCAAAUACUGAAGGGUGCAGCUGUUUAUUUGGCAGAGCUUAAAGAGAGAAGCCAAAGGUUGACUUCUUCCAAAGAUCAACUUCGAGCGGAGAACUCUAGGUUGCAAGAAAGACUCGAGGUGCUAAGGAAUCUCAGAGCAGAAACUCACCAACAAGCGGCAUUUAUAUGAGUGCUGUCCCCUUAUAUUAUACGUUAAAAAAAAUUAUGCGCCAUUGUUAAUAUAAUUUAGUUACAGAGUAACCCGACAAGUACAGUUAUGCUAAGAGGGGAGGUAGGAGAGAGGUAAAACAGUAACUAGUCGUAGAAAAACAGGCAAAAUGCAAGCUAUUCCAUUAUUUGAAGUUUUUCGGCUGAGUCGGCAGCCCGUACACAAAUAAUGAGUUAUUAAGCUGAAUUGUCGAGUUUUGAGACAUAUCUCAAACUUAAAUAAAUACCUUUCCAAUUUUGAU